CCGGAAAUAUGUUCAAGGGAAGCAACUCUAUCUGGAAACGUCCACCUUGUCAAAAAAGUGAAUUCGUUGCAUGUUAAGAAGAAAAUACUUUCCACUCAUUAAUUAAAAACAUUCUGUUCAUCAAUUGAACUGUGUGAAUUGAUUUGAUAAAUAGCCUAUCGUUUUGGUUGACUGUUUUAGGUGUGAAUAGUAAGAAAGUAUUUUUGAAAGAAUUCCGAAUUCAACAAGUCGGAGCCAUGGGUGACAAGAAACUUUUGUAUGUGUCACUUUUUAUUUUGGUUCUUGGACUGUCCGAGGUGCAAGUUUUUGGAAGUGAUCAUGACAAAAGUGAUAAUUCUAAAGAAAAGAAUAAGUCUCUUCUUAAACUUAAAGAAGAAUCUACAGAUGAAGGUUCUUAUAUCACAUACAUCAAAUAUAAGGUGGCUCAUUCCGAGUUUCUUCAUGGAUUCAUUGCCUCUUUAUCUAUGAUCAUUGUAUCAGAACUCGGAGAUAAAACAUUCUUUAUUGCUGCUAUUAUGGCAAUGAGGCAUUCAAGAGCAGUUGUGCUGGCAGGAGCCUUAGGAGCACUGGUUGCUAUGACAAUUCUGUCAGCCUUGCUUGGUUAUGCCACAACUAUUAUCCCAAGACAAGUAACUUAUUAUGCAUCUUCUAUACUGUUUCUGGUGUUUGGAGUCAAGAUGAUCAAAGAUGGAUGGUACAUGUCUCCGGAUGAGGCCCAGGAGGAAUAUGAAGAGGCCCAGGCAGAAAUUAAAAAGAAAGAAGAUGAGCUUUUUUCAUCAACUCAAGACAUAGAGACAGGAAUUAUUCGAGGUCCUAAAAGAAAUAUACUCACAAUGUUAUUCAGUGCUAUAUUUAUAGAAGCCUUUGUUUUAACGUUUCUCGCAGAAUGGGGGGAUAGAUCUCAAAUAGCUACAAUUAUUCUCGCUGCACGUGAGGAUGUAGUUGGUGUAAUUAUAGGAGGGUGUUUAGGCCACGCCCUCUGUACAGGUUUAGCUGUUUUAGGAGGUAGAAUUGUAGCGCAGAAAAUAUCAGCUCGAACAGUGACUAUAGCUGGUGGAAUAGUAUUUAUCAUAUUCGCUGUCACUGCCUUCUUGAUGGGUCCUGACUAAAGUGAGCUGAGUUCAUGGUCUAGCAGAUAUAUACAUGUUAAUAUCCACAUGAGAUUGGUACUGUGAUAUUGCAGUGUUUCAAUAUUUUAAUAUAAUAUAUUUAUAAUUUAGACCCUGAAGUGUAUUUUUAGAUCGCUAAUCUAUUAAUAGACUAAAUUUCUAUUUAUAGACUGAACAUCUAUUUAUGAAACAAUAAUUAUGAUAUUUUGGAUGGUAUUCUGUUAUCUUAAUAUAAAAAGGAAAAUAUAAGGUAUUAUAUUCCUGUUGAUUAAGAUGGAUUUUAAGUUAUUACAUGAUACAAAAUAGUUAGUGCUUAAAUAGUUAAAAUUUUAGAGAUGUUGCCAUAAAUAUACAUAUAAAUUUACAUAAAAAAUUGCAUUGACAAUUGAAUUAUUUGUCCAACAUCAUAAAAAGCCCUUAUCAAAGCUCAAGAUAUAUAAAAUGUAUUAUUAAGGUAUAAUAAAAUAUUCUGACAGAACUUCAGAACUAACUGGAAUGCACCUCUCUUUUGUAAUAAUAAGAUUUAAAAUAAAAAAUGUGAUAAACAUGAGAUUUUGACAGUACAUAAGAUUAACACUUUAUUUUUAUUAUCAAAAGACUAUCUUCUAUUGCCUAAAACUUUUAUAAUUACAAAUACAAUUAUUAAUCUCUACUUGAUUGUGGAAUAAAUUUCCAAAAGAAAUAACUCUUUAUGAUUUUUUUAAAUGGACAGGGUAUUGUUUGUAUUGUGUUUAUUUGAAAUCUUUUGAUUUUACUUCUUAGCAUUGAAAAAAGAUACAUGGUGUUAUAUCUGUCCGAACUGUAAUAAUUUGUAUUGAUAAUAUACAUGAUAUAUAACAUACCUGUAAGUCAGUUUUGUUUAUGAUUUUUGCUUCAUUUGGAAUAGAUAACUGUUGAACACUUUGUAUACUUAGGACUUUCAUUGCAGUAACCUUUCCUGUUAAUUGUUAAAACAGUCCUGAAAAAUCUGGUGCCUUUAUGAAUAUUUGAAAAUUCUUUUAUAGUCUACGUAAUUCUUGAAAUUUGAAAUUCAAUAGAAUGAUUAACUGCAAAUACAAAAACUCAAAAAUUUAUUGUCUUAAAUAGUUUGUUUAAAUACAUGUAUAGAAAGUACAUGGAUUUUUAAUCGAAAUUCCUUUCUGAGUGUGGCAAUUUUGUGGUUAUAAUGAUUUUUAUAUUAUUCAAAUAUUUACAAAGUUGGUUUAGACAGUAAAAAUGAUUCUGCUUGUCUGUGUAUAGCAUUAGAUAAUUAUGAUAAAAUUGAAAUUAUACACUACGUUUCAGUAGUGAUUAAUUUUUUUUUAAAACAUUAUCAUUGAAUAUUAUUUAAAAAGUCUUUCUUAAAUGCUCGCCAUUGAUCAUUACAUUAUGAUUUUAUAUUUCAAACAUGGCCAAUACUACAUUUACAUGAAUGUAAAUCUUUAGUCAUUUUGGUGCAUUGUUUAUUAACCCUCGUCAUAUGAAAUUUAAAUAAUUGAUUUGCCCUGGUUUGCAUUUUAGACUGUCAAUUUUUAAUGUGAGAAGUUUCUAUGUCAAAAU